GAGGAGGCUUCUUCUCCUCUUCUUCCCGGCAAAGCCACCUCUGCAGUCUGCAGGCCAAAACCCAAGCAAAGGGGACAGCUUUCUUCUUCUCCUUCUUCUUCCUCGCCACCUUCCUUCCCUCGCUUCCUCCGCAAUCCUCCUCUUCUUCCCUCGAACCACCAGCAGGCACCAGCAGCUAGCAACCUAAUCCAACCACCACCGGCCGGCCGGCCGAUGAAGCCCUCCGCCGCCGCCGCCGCCGCUGCCGGCCCGGGCGCGGUCGAGGUGCGGGUGGAGCGGCCCCCGCGGCCAGAGCGCCCACAGAUGAGACCACACCCGGGCCGGCUGAGGGCGCGCCCGUACUACCGGCGCUGGACGCCCUGGGUCGUGCCGGCCGCCUCCGUGGCCUGCGUCGCCGCCUUCCUCGUCACCAUGUUCGUCAACGACUGCCCCCGCCGCGGCGUCGGGGACUGCUCCGCGUCCUUCCUCGGCCGCUUCGCCUUCCAGCCGCUCCGGGAGAACCCGCUCCUCGGCCCUUCCUCCGCCACGUUGCUGAAGAUGGGAGCUCUAGAUGUCUCUAAAAUUGUCCAGGGUCGACAAGGAUGGCGUCUGAUUACGUGUAUCUGGCUUCAUGCUGGGGUUGUUCAUUUACUCAUCAAUGUGCUUUGCCUUCUGUUUAUCGGCAUCCGACUUGAACAAGAAUUCGGGUUUGUGAGGAUCGGUCUGGUUUAUCUCAUUUCUGGUUUCGGUGGGAGCUUGAUGUCCGCUCUCUUCAUCCGUUCGAGUAUCUCAGUUGGUGCCUCCGGUGCCUUGUUUGGGCUGAUUGGGUCUAUGCUUUCUGAACUCAUCACGAAUUGGUCACUCUACGCAAAUAAGGUGGCAGCAUUAUUGACCCUGGUGUUUGUAAUUGUGGUGAACCUGGCUCUUGGGAUACUUCCUAGAGUGGAUAACUUUGCUCACAUUGGAGGCCUUAUAUCCGGGUUCCUUCUCGGGUUUGUCGUCUUCAUUCGACCACAGUUUGCAUGGAUUAACCAGAAAAGAGUGGCUCCAGGACAAGAGACAGCUCCUGUCAAACGCAAGCACAAGACGUAUCAAUAUAUUUUGUGGCUAGCUGCUGUUGUUCUGCUGAUUGUCGGGUUCACGGUGGCUAUAGUUCUCCUUUUCCGAGGAUACAACGCAAACGACCACUGCUCUUGGUGCCAUUACCUCAGCUGUGUCCCUACCAAGAAAUGGAAAUGCAACUCGUCGCCACAAACUUGCACGGUAAUGCAGCAGCCGAAUACCUUGGACCUGACAUGCGACGGCACGGGCACUCACCAUAGCUACAGCAUAGCUGGAGCUACGCAAGAUCAGAUCAGCCAGCUCUGCAACAGUCUCUGCAGCUAGCUAUUAGCAGAACCUGGAUUAAUUCCCUGAUGGCUUGUCCUAAGCUAGUAGUAGCUUGUAGUAACAUGUUUUUCUUUAUUCUUUGUGUACAUGGAAUUAGAAGAAGAAAAACACGCAUAUAUUACAGAUACAGAGAAUAGAAGCAAAUUUAAUACUUGUCCAUGGAA